UAUCUAUAUGUAUUUUGUAAAUCUCUUUUUACAGUGAACCAGUUUCAAGCCAAAGCUUAUUCUACUGAGACACAUUGAGACUUGGACUGUGUGACAAAAACAUCAUGAACGUCAUUCCUCUUCAUGUUAAAGAUGCUCGUAUAAUCGAUAUCCAGAGGUUCAAGGACCAUCGUGGUUUUCUAGAAGAGCUCUAUAACUGCCAAAAGUACCCAGAAGACAUUACUAGUGAAUUCGAAGUCAAACAAAAUACAUGCUCCCGUUCUCAUCAGAAUGUGAUAAGGGGCCUCCACAUAUCCCCCUAUGCAAAACUUCUCACAUGCAUCCAAGGCGCUGUCUACGAUGUUGUAGUUGAUCUCAGACCAGAAUCUCCCUCGUAUAUGCAAUGGGCAGCAGCAAUCCUCACAGAAGAUAAUCUACGCCAACUCUACAUUCCACCAAACUGCGGCCAUGGGUUCCUCUCUCUCAAAGAAAAUAGCACCGUGGUGUACUGCCAGGGUGGAUUCUUUCAUCCCAGUAUUGACUUUGGAAUCACACCCUUUGACCCAGUAGCUGAUGUUUAUUGGCCAAUUCCUAAAGAUGCCUCCGCAAUUAUUUCUGAGAAAGAUGAAAAAGCUUUACCUGCUAAGGUUGAAGGAGGAGUUCUACCCAAACGUACCAGAGUCCUCAUCAUAGGGGCAUCUGGGCAAGUUGGUGGGGCUUUGAAAGAAGCUGUUGCUAAGCGGCCAGAUAUGGUUUCCAUAGGAACCUGUGGGGAACAUCCUCAAGAAUGCCUUAUACCUUUUGAUAUGGAAAAAGCAGCAAGUGACCCAAGCAUCAUAGAUACCCUUUUCACAGCCUGUAGACCAGCUAUCGUUUGUAUAUGUGCCGCUUUCUCAUGGGUUGAUGGAAAUGAAAAAUUCCCAGAAAAAGCCAAGGCAAUUAAUCUUACUGCUGUAACAAAACUUACUGAAGCUGCUAAAGCCAUCGGAGCUAAGACUGUUUUCUACUCAUCUGAUUAUGUAUUUGAUGGAGCAACAAAGCAGAAUGGAUUAGCCUCAGGGAUGGCAGAAAUAUAUGCUAAUAGUCUAGGAUACAGUGAGACAGAUACCGCUAAUCCUCUUAAUAAUUAUGGCAGUUAUAAACUUGAUGCUGAGAAAGCUGUUCUAGCCACUGAUCCAUCAGCUUUGGUUCUUAGAAUAUCUAGGGUUUAUGGACCAGAGGUGCAAGGCAAGAACUUUGUGUUUCAACUGACGAAUAACAUUCAGGCUGGCAAGUCUCUCAAUUGUCUCACUGAUGAGAUCUCAUGUCCUACUUAUAACAGAGAUAUAGCAGAGGCCACACUUGAACUCGCAAGGAAAGACCUCAGUGGCUUGUUCCACUGUACUGGACCUCAGGCACUUAGCAAACUGCAAUGGGGAAUUGAAGUUUGCAAAUAUUUCAACCUGGACUCUGGAAAGUUGAACCCCAUUGAAGGUCAACAACAAGGCACAGCCAACAGGCCUAAAGUUGCAGUAAUGUCUUCGCAGAAACUCAGUGCUGCUAUACCAGACGUGAAGUUCCAUACAAUAUCGGAAGCCUUGAAAGAUUGGCAGGAGAAUCCACGUGGAAAACUACUUAACCUUUAGAGAUAAACUGGAGUUACAAUAUCAUGGCAUAUCACAUAGAAAGAUCUGAAAUGACUCAAAAAUCGUGAAAUCUUUAUUUUGUCUGUUAAUUUAUUUUCUCAAUGAAUGCAUGUAAACAUUACAGUAUGAUAUUAAUAGGA